AAAUUUCAAAAAAUUCUCUCCAGGAAAAGUGUAUGCGCAUGCGCACGUUAGGAAAAAAGGAGCAGUGAAAAAAAUUUUCCGAGAGCUACACGUGAGACGCGUGAGACUAUAAACGAAUCAUCAAAACAUUCCGGAUGGUUAACGACACAGAGCCAAUAUCCGCAUUUGCGGUUUAUUCCAUGAAGAGGAAGAGUGAUGAUUCUUUAAAGCCAAAGAAUGCCAAAAAAGUUAAGAAUAAAAAGAAGAAUCCAACUAACGUAACGAGUAUUUGUAAUAAUACAAAAAGAACAAAUAAUGGCAAUGAUACGUCUACAAAGAAAAAACUUAUUAUAGAGCAUAAUGGAAACGAUUUUAAAUUCAUGGAUUCAGUAGAAAUGAAGAAAGUAGAUAAACUAACGGAAAAAGCACAACCUGUUACUUUUGAGAAAAAAAGUAAAAAUGCAAAUAAAUUGAAAAAAGUGACAAAAAAUGAAAAGAGUAAAAAGUUGGAAAAAAUUGAAAAACUUAGACAACUUAAACAAAAUAAAGCAAAAAAUGUCUCGAACGCUCAACAUAAAACUGUAAAUAAUUCCAAUGAGGGCAAAACGAAGAAUACGAAAUUGAAAAACAAGAAAAGUACUUUAGAACAAACAGUGUCUAAUGAUGAAGAUUUUAGUGUUAAUCCACUAAAGAAGAGUAAAUUGUGUUUUGAAUGGUUGAUUUCGCCGAUUAGCGCUGAUGACUUUUUGGAGCAAUCCUGGGAGCAGCAACCGGUACAUAUAAAAAGGAAGGAUCCGGAUUAUUAUAAAUUUCUACUUUCGACUCCUAUGUUGGACACUAUUUUACGAGAACAACAUGUUCUAUUUACAAAAAAUCUCGACGUAACUUCGUAUACCAAUGGAAUAAGAGAAACUCACAAUCCACCUGGCCGAGCAUUACCCAGUAUCGUUUGGGAUUUUUUUGGAAAUGAUUGUUCAAUUAGAAUGCUGAAUCCCCAAACUUUCGUUCCACAACUUCAUGACUUGAAUGCAAUUCUUCAAGAGUUUUUCGGUUGCUUUGUCGGCGCAAAUUCCUAUCUCACUCCACCGAAUAGUCAGGGUUUUGCCCCGCAUUACGAUGACAUUGAAGCCUUUAUUUUGCAAAUCGAGGGCAAGAAACGUUGGAGACUGUAUAAACCGCGUAAUGAAGAAUUUCUCGCUCGAUUUUCGUCGAAAAAUUUCGAACAAUCAGAACUUGGUGAACUGAUUAUGGAUACGGUUUUAAAUGCAGGCGAUUUACUGUAUUUCCCCCGUGGAACUAUUCAUCAGGGAGAGACAAUAGACGACACACACAGUUUACACAUUACACUCAGUGUGUAUCAAAAAAAUUGUUGGACAGACUUAUUUGAGAAAUUAUUGCCCAAGGCGCUUGCUCAAGCAUCGAAAUUGGACUAUCGCUAUCGUCAAGGUUUACCCGUUGGAUCAACAAGAUUUAUGGGUUACGUUAAUUCGAGUGAUAGAAAUUCAGAGCGAAAGGCAUUUUUGGAGAAGGCGAAACUUCUUCUGGAUGAUCUUAUAAAUUAUGCGGAUGUCGAUGAGGCCGUUGAUGAAAUGGCUAAGGGUCAUCUUCACGAUUUUCUGCCACCAGUUCUGAGGGACGAGGAGCAACGUAAUUCCGUGAUUCGCGAUGGAUGGAUCGUGAGAAAUGAGGGAAUUGUUGAGGAACGUGUUGACAUUCGACCCGACACGAGAAUUCGACUUUUAAGAUCGCACUGUAUAAGAUUAUUAGAGGAUGAAGAUUCAUUCAAGAUUUACUACUCGACUGAAAACUCGAAGGAAUAUCAUGAGCAUGAACCGCAAUUUUUCGAGAUUGAACGUUACCAAGUACCUGUGAUCAAAGAAAUAAUUCUCCAGUAUCCGAAUUAUAUUAAAGUGGAAGAUUUGCCAAAUUCCGAAAUCGAUAUUGAUGUCAAGCUCGGCAUUGUACACGAUCUUUGGGAAAAAUGUUUGAUAGUGACUGAUGGACCACUGCCUCGAGAUGAUUGAAAUUUGUAAGUAAAAAAAUUGUAGGCGUUUUGAUAAGUUUUAAUUCCAUGUACAAAAUAAAUGUUUUUUUUGUAUUUAAA